AUGAUCCGAUUUGUUAUUGGGGUUUUGGUGUGUGGAUUGGUGGCGGCAUUGAAUGUCGAAAAUGUAAGUUGAUUUUCAGAUUUAAUCACGUUUUAUUGAUUUUCUCUUCUGAUUCUAGUUAGUGAUUCAAAUAGCGACUGUUGUGUUUUUUUACUACAAAACUCGAGGACUAAUAAGAAUUUUUGUAAUGCACAAAUUUCAGAUUUGUUCAGGAAUGCGGAGGCGUUUUUUAAGUAUUAUAAAAUUCUCGAUAAUCUUUCUUAAUGCGCGAUGAAAAACAUUUUCUAAUCUUCAAAAUAUUCCACAUAGGAAAGGGAGGAAAAUAUGCUUGAAAAAAAAAUGUAAAAUCAAAUUUUCAAAGGUAAGCAAACUGUGUUCACAGCGCCUAAUCAACCUAAUUGACUAGUAGCCUCAUCGAGAGAUCCACUAUCGCAAGUGGCUAUGCCUUGAGAGCUUCCAUGUCAAGUAGCCGAACCUAGAAAUCCUAAAUUCCUAGAAUCCGAAUUUCACGUGGUCACAACAAAAGUUUCGUCCACAAACAGCUGUCCCACUUUUUAUCUUAAAAUUUAUAAUUUAUCACCCUAAAUUAAAAUUGAUGAUAAUAGUUCUGACUCAUUUUUUGCUUUCACUCAAUGAUCAUUUUUUGAAAAAAAAACUCACAUGAAUUGUUAAUAAUAUAUCAUGAGACCAGGUGAAAAAAAUAUUAAUCUAAUUGACAUCAUGAUCCGAUUAGCCCCCUAGAGAAAAUUAAAAAUAAUCUAAUCUAAUAUUUUUCCAGCCAGGAGAUUUCGUUUUGCCGUCUGGAGAUUUUAUUGAUUUGAUUUCGAGAGAUGCUGAAAAUUAUCCAGAUCUCUCAAAUUUUGGAGUAAAGCAUAUUUCUGGUGAGUUAUUAGAAAAACAACAACAACAAGCAAAAUUAAAACAAAGUUCUAGGAGGAGCUGGAGAAGGUUCACAAAAAUUGCAAGAAGAGGAUCAAUAUCAAGAACGACAGGAAGUCAAGACUGACUCGGUUCUUCCAGCUUAUUGUGAACCACCAAAUCCAUGUCCAGUUGGAUACACGAAAGAACACGGAUGUAUUGAGGAAUUUGAAAAUAGUGCCGAUUUUUCGAGAAAUUAUCAAGCACAACAACAUUGUAUUUGUGAUCAGGAACAUAUGUUUAAUUGUGCUGAAAAGGAAGCGCAAGAUGUUGGAGAGCAAUUGCAAAAAUUAUUGGAGGAAAAUGAUAUGCAUCAAAAUACAAUCGCCAAGAAAUUCCACGACAAAAGAAAUUCUGAUGAAGUGGGUUUCUUCAAUUAUUUGAAAUAAAAUAAAUCAAUCAAAAUAAUAAAGUUUCAGUAUGUUCCACGUCGCAAGCGAUCCGCACCAAAUCCAUAUCUUCAAGGCGAACCACUUCGAUCGAUGCAGAAAAAAGACGGAAAACACAGUUGGUAA